AUGAUUCAGCAACAACAACCAAUGGCUACAUUAUUGUUGAUGCUAGCAACAACAACCCAUCAAACCAACGCAAGAAGAAAUUCAGCUUGGAGUGAUUCUCUCUAUGGACGUUACGAAGGAAGUAUCGAGAAAUUUUUUUCCUCACUUGCGUGCGCACUUUUUUUUUACAAAUUUGGAACCUUUAAAGGGUCGUCGAGAACUCUUUGGCGAAAUUAUUUCAACAAGAACAAAAAAAAGAAACACUUUCGAUUGAUAGUAUACAGUGACACGGAUACUACUACUACUACUACGAUUACAGAUCAAAAUGAUUCAUUCAGCUACAAUUACAUGUAUGAUCUCAUUGUGAUUGGAGGUGGCAGUGGAGGAUUAAAAACUGCCAAAACUGCUGCAGAUUUGGGAGCUAAAGUUGCCUUACUGGAUUAUGUCAAGCCAUCGACUCAGGGCAAUACAUGGAAGAUUGGAGGAACGUGUGUGAAUGUUGGAUGUAUUCCUAAAAAACAAAUGCAUUAUGCAGCAGAAAUGGGAGAGAAAAUUAGACAAGCCAUUAAUUAUGGAUGGAAAUUACCAGGACUAUCCGACGCUAGUGACAAUCUUUCAAGUGACAUGUUCAAUCAUUUUUCACAUGAAAAGAGAAGUCAAUAUUUCGAUUGGAAUACUCUUGUACAAGGUGUUUUAAAUACUCGUUCAGGAUCCAAUUUCGUCUACAAAAAUGAAUUGAAAAAACGAAAAAUUGACUUUUUUGAAGCUUUGGGUCAAUUGCAAGAUGCACACACUGUGAAAUUGACACAAAACUCCAACUCCUCUCCAUUAUUAUUAACUUCUAAAUUUAUAGUACUAGCUCCAGGAGGAAGACCAUACGUGCCAUCUCAUGACGAAAUUCCUGGUGCACUCGAACAUGCCAUUACCAGUGACGAUUUAUUUUCAUUACAAACUCCACCUGGAAAGACCUUAAUUGUAGGAGGAGGAUAUAUUGCAUUGGAAUGUGCUGGAUUUUUAAGUGGAUUAGGAUUUGACACAAGUGUCAUGGUUCGAUCACAAAUUUUGAGAAGUGGUUCGUUUGAUCGUGAAGUAGUUUCACAUUUGCAACAAUCCAUGUCCUCGGAACAUUUUGUGAAAUUUUUACAACCAUGCAUUCCAAAAAGAAUUGAAAAGUUGGAAACUAGUAACAAGAAACGAGUGAUUUAUUGGAAUACUUUGGAAAAUCGAGAAUAUUCUGAAGAGUUUGAUACAGUCAUGUUUGCUACGGGACGUUAUGCGGAUGUGAAAGGAUUGAAUUUGGAUCAAGUUGGAAUUGCAUACACAAAGGAAGGAAAAAUUAUUGUGGAUCAGGAAGAACGAACCAAUGUUCCAAGUAUUUAUGCUCUUGGAGAUGUCAUUGAGAAUGGAUAUAAUCUUGAAUUGACUCCUGUUGCGAUUCAACAAGGAAAAUAUUUAGCUUACCGUCUCUUUCAUCCAGAAACAAAUAAUAAGCGUUAUUUGGUGGAUUAUAAUUUUGUACCAACCACAGUGUUCACACCUUUAGAAUAUGGUCUCGUUGGAUACAGUGAAGAAAAGGCAGAAAAAGAAUUUGGUCGUGAGAAUCUAGUCAUUUACAAGAAGAAGUUCAAUAUUUUGGAACAUAAAAUUCCAGAAAAAUCAGAGAAGGGAUUUGUCAAGCUGAUUUGUCUCAAGAAUGAGAAUGAGAAAGUAAUUGGAUUGCAUUAUCUUGGUCCUCAAGCUGCUGAAGUGACACAAGGAUUUGCACUUGCCGUGAAGAAGGGUUGUACAAAGGAAGAAUUUGAUGAUGUGAUUGGAAUUCAUCCAAGUAAUGCAGAGGCAUUUGUGUAUUUGGAACUUGGUGUUUAUGAAGACAAGACAUGUUGUGGAUAA